AGUUUAAUCAAAUAAUACCAGAAGUAAAAGCUAAGUGGAUAGCAACAAAUAAAUUUAACUAUUCACCUGAAAAUUCUGAAAAAUCUAAUCAGGAAACUGAUACUGAAUCUAGACUUGAAAUUUCAUAUUCAGAGUCUCUUUCAACUAAUCCUUCUGUAAAUAAAUUAAAUAAAAAGUUUAAAAAAGCAAACAAACAAAUUCAACAAGACAAUCUGGAGCCUACAGAAACACCUUUGAUAUCAACUUCUCAAAAUCCUCCUCUAAACAUAAAUAAUCAAAAUAAAAAUACUGAAUCUUUAAAUUUUGAAAAAGCUUACUUUAAUACUAUUAAUCAAAAAGAACAAACUAAUAUGUAUAUUCCUGAUGAUUCUCAUGGAAUGGUUGAAGCUUGUAGAGCACCAGUUGACUUUACCAACAUGUGUCAACACCAAGCACAAAAUCAACAACAAACCCCUCCUCCUAAAUUUGAUAAUCAACAAGCACUUCAAACACUUUUAAGAGACAUAAAUGAAAUGUUUGAAAUUAAUGCUGCCCGAGCUGCAGUAGCAACAACAAAUCCUAAAGAGUAUAAAUUAAUUGACUUUCCUAUUUUUUUAGGAGAUAAUAAUAAAGACCCAAUAGAAUGGAUUGAAGCCUUUACUAGAGCAUGUAUUGGUAAUAAUGUAAAUGAAACUAGAAGGCUAGCAAUUGUACCAAAUUUUCUCAAAAGAAAUACUCUUUCUUGGUAUAAUCAAAACAAAGAUAGCUUUCAAGUUUGGAAAAGCAAUAUCCAUCCUACUCAUGCAUUUACAAAUCUAUUUGAACAAAAAUUCUCAGCUCUUACUCAACCACAAACUAGUAGACGUGAAGAGUUGAUAGAAGUUGCACAAUAUGUAGGUGAGUAUACCCAAAACCAAAACCCCUUAUUCAAUAAAGAAGAAAUAAUAUACUUGUUUUUGUUGGAUGAAAUAGAUGAAUUGUUAGAUAAAGAAGAUAAUAAUAAUAGUGAUUUAGAGAACCAAUUUCAUAAUCUUUGGACUGAGUAUAAUGAAACAAUAGAAAUACUCGGAUUGAAUACAGUUGGAAAUACCUUUUCUCAACUUGAUAAACAACUUAUAGCAAAUGUUAAAAUAGAAAAUAUUGACAAUCCUCCUCUUCCAGAUAUAUUUAAACUAAUUCAACCAGAAAUAAAUAAAAUAAAAGACAAGAGAAAAAGAAGCCCAGAAAGUUUCUAUACAUAUUACUAA